UAGGCAACUCACAUCGUUCAAAGCAAGACCUCUUCCUUUCACCGCGCAAUCAUGGACCUUCCGAAAACCAUUCGCGUUAUCGCACUUUUCACCAUCUUCAGCACGUGCAGCGGCUUCCACCAUUACUGGACCAACCCGGAGAAGAUCACCGAUUACCAGCAGUUUUCCAAGAAUUUCACCGAAAAUGGCAACCAACUUCAAAUCCUCGAGCACACGAUUACACCGUACGACGUGAGCCCGGAACAGCUAAAGCUCAUCGGGCGGUACGUGUUCCUUGCACCGAAGGAGAACAACGUCUACCUUGUGGGAUUCGAGCGAACCAUAGACAAAUCCGAGGAAGCUAGUAGAAUCAUCAACGAGCUCAUCUCGAGCAACGUGGUCACCAGCAUCUACAAGGUUCGUCGCCAGGAACCGUCAAGUUUCCGGCUGGAGAAAUUCGUCACCAUUGGCUAGAGUGAUAAAAAAAUGUACAUCAAGAAAUUGAAAUCUGAGAAUAAAACCGGGCAAACCCAUCCCAA